UUAGAGAGCUCAUCUCUCUCCAUCUCCCCCCUCUCUCUUUCUCGCUCUUGCUUUCUCUCGCUCGUUUGUUUUUUCAAAAGAGUUUCAGAAAUGGAGUCAUUGAAGAUGAGGUUGUUCGCUGCUGUAGUCGUGAUGAUGAUGGUCAUCUCGGCCGUCCAGAAUGUGGCAGCCGCAGACGCUCCUGCACCAAGUCCCACCUCGGACGCCUCCGCCUUCGUCCCCACCGCUCUCGCUUCCGUGAUGGCUCUCGCCUUUGGGUUGCUCUUGUAAUCAACUACAUAUAAAAUGGAAGGAGUAGUUCUGAGUUUUCUUCUCUCUCUGAUUCCUCGUCUCUGGCUCUCGCUCUCACUCCAGUAGAUUUCAGUCUCUAAUCUCUUAAUUACCGGUGCAGAGGGCAAGAAUGGAGAAUUGAGUUCGGGAGGAUCGUCGCUCUGUUCUCACUUCUUUUUCUAUCUUUCUCGACCAUUUUCUGUCACUAUUAAUUAAUUGUUAUUGGGGAUUUGUUUGGGUGUGCGAUUGGUUGAUGUAUCUUCGGUAUAUAUUUCUGUAAUUAUUUUGGGUGGAGGUGGUUUAGGACAAUAAAAGUGUGAUCUGAAGAGUGCUUAAUCUGAGGGAGAAGAAGAAGGAUUGGAGGGGUUCAGCUGGAAGAGUUUUGAUUGAUCCAGAUUGAUCUGUUCAUUAAUCAUCAUUUGUAUCUGAAUUUGUAUUUGAGUUUGUAUUAUCAUCAUCUUCUUCCUCUCCUUCAUCUUUGUACUUCGGGUCCUAUUUUAUAGUAAUAAAAAUUUCUAUUUCUUUCUUUUCA